AUGCCCAAACAAGCAAAUUUGACGUGGGUAGCUUUGGUUCAUAAGGAAGGAGGGAAUAAUGACUUAAAACACUAUAGGCCUAUUAGUAUGGUGGGCUGUGUUUAUAAAGUCAUCUCGGAGCUUUUGGCGAAUAAAAUGCGUCCUUUUAUGCCAAGGCUGGUGGGAGAGGUUCAAUCGGCUUUUGUGGGUGGUAGGAAGAUUUUGGAUAGGACCCUUAUAGCGUGCGAGGUGGUGAAUUGGGUGAGAAAGAAAAGAGUGCCGGCAUGGAUUGUUAAACUGGAUUUUCAGAAAGCCUACGAUCGUGUAAGAUGGAGUUUUGUGGAGAAAGUCUUACUUAACAUGGGGUUUGGUGUUAAAUGGAGGGGGUGGGUUCAAGCUUGCUUAAAGGCUUCUAUGUCUAUCCUAGUAAAUGGUUGCCCUACAAAACUGUUCAUUUCGGAAAGGGGUCUUCGGCAAGGUGACCCGAUUUCGCCAUUUCUUUUUGUGCUGAUUGGUGAAAUUCUCAAUAGCACGAUGUGCCGCCUGAGGGAGAAAGGUUUGUUGAAACCGUUAGAGGUUGGUAGGAAUAGGGUUAAGUUGUCUCACUUGCAAUUUGCAGACGACACGAUUUUGUUUUGUCCGUGUGAGUUAGAAACUAUCAGAGGCUACAGAAGAUUGCUAAAAGGUUUUGAAAUGAUGACUGGAAUGAAGAUAAACUUUAGAAAGUCAGCGAUUAUUGGUCUGAACUGUGACGAAGAAGUGGUGGACAUGGCUUGCGAUGUUUUAGGGUGCUCUAAAGCAAAUCUCCCAAUCAAGUACUUGGGCAUCCCCCUCGGAGCUAAUCCUAAAAGAACGAAGACUUGGAGGCCUGUGAUUAACAAAAUAGAGGAGAGGCUGAGUGGUUGGAAAGGAAAAUUACUAUCUAAGGCAGGUAAGCUUGUUUUGAUUAAAGCUGUCAUAAAUAAUCUUCCAAUGUACUAUCUAAGCAUUUUCAGGAUGUCGGUAACUGUGGCAAAAAAAUUGUGUCUUUGCAAUGUGGUUUCUUUUGGGGAAAGUUUGAAUCUGAUUGGUUUGGAGGGCUGUGGCAGUGGUGGUGUGUGGACAAAUGUUAUGCAGAUUGGUGGAAAAAAUAAGGAGCUUUUGGGGGUGUUUAGAGAAGGUUUACAGUUGAUAAUUGGGAAUGGGAAUAGGACUAGUUUCUGGCAUAGUGGGUGGAUAAAUGGUGGAGCCCUUAAGGAUAGGUUUCCUAAGCUGUUUUCUGUCGCUCUUGAUAAAGAUUGCCACAUUAGUGAUUGUGGUAUUUGGGAUGGGUUGUCUUGGGUGUGGCAGUUUCAAUGGAGGUGUCAACUCUGGCAGUGGGAGCAGGAGGAGGUGCAGGAGCUGCUGAACUUCCUGCCAAAGUUGGGUACCUUUAGGGGAGGUGAGGAUUCAGUAGCUUGGCAGUUUGAAAGUUCGGGAUCUUUUUCUAUGAAUUCCUUUCUGCAGACUUAUCUUAAUCAACAAGGGCAGAGUGUUGGAGUGGUGGGUAGUAGCGGUUUUUCGAAGCUCUGGAAGGGGCCUACCCUGCCUCGUGUGAAGCUGCUGUGUUGGUUUGUGAUGCAUGAAAAACUUAACACUAGAGAAAGACUUUUCAGUUGUGGCGUUGUCCCUCAGCCAGAGCGUGUGCUGUGUGGGAAGUUACCCGAGUCGGUUCACCACCUAUUUUUUGGUUGUGAGCAAGCGUGGAAGGUUUGGUCCUUUGUGUUGAAGGAAUUCAAUGUGAUGUGGGGUUGGCCUGGGGAGUCUCUUAAGUGCUUUGAAUCUUGUUUUGGAAGGAAUGUCCCUAAUAAUUAUAAAGAGAGGUGGGUUCUGUGUUUUUUUGCUGUCAUUUGGAGCUUAUGGAAAGGUAGAAAUAAGAUGAUUUUUAACGAGGAAUUGUUCUCAGUAGAGUCAGCAAUCAAUGAAGUAGUAGUGUGUGUUAACUACUGGUCUCGACCUUUGGCACCUCUUGGUUGA